GAGUCAAACCUUUCACCGUGAAAAAAUAAUGUCUUCGAAGCCUCUCUGGCUACUAGCAGCGCUCGGGUUGAUUUGCGUGAUUCAGCUUUCGACUGUCGACGCCACACCAUGGCACGCCCGGCAGUUACUACGCUACUUCCGCCGUAUCCAGCUCGACAAAACGAAGAACAGUGUCUACCAGGACGAUGUGAAGGUUGGCAUUAGACGCCAUCUGCGUGCUCCACUGGUGCAGAAAGCGUUAUGUUUGCCAAAGGGCACAAAGCUAUCGAGCGAUUGUUUGUACAAGAUGGUCGAUAAAGCUCGGCAGCAUGAGAAUAAAUUUUACGCCCGAUUCACCUACGCCUGCAAGCAGCAUGCAGAAUAUUCAGCGGACUGUUUAGAAUCGGGUCGACCGUUGUACUACCAGGCUCUCCAGAACCUCGUCAAAGAAACGUUGAAAUGUUGGAAGCUGUAGAUGGUGUUUUUUUUCGCAAAUGAAUGAUUGAUUAAAUAAUAAGUUUGCGUAACAAUCGAUUUUUCUGGUAGAUACAUCUAUACCUUUCUGCAGCUUCA